AAUAUGCCAUUCUUCAUGCGAUGGACGUGGACAAUGAUAUGGUUCAGGCUCACCAUGUAUCGCUACUGUGCCAUUUGGCUCAUAAUUGAAGGCGCUGCCAUUCUCAAUGGUCUCGGUAUAAUGGCAAAGAUAAAGAUGGAAAUGAUCGCAGUUCUGGUUGAAUGUCAAUGGACUUUGCCAGCGAAUUUCCUCCCCAGAGCUAAUAUUGGGCAAAAUUUUGCCAGAUUUUGGCUGUCCUGA